AUGCUGAUCGCAAAGGCUUUAGAUCUGGGUCGCUACCCUUUAGAAACCUCUACUUCCUCGAACCAGGAGGAGGAUCGAUGGACUUUGGUGUUGCGUUUCAUGGAGUUCCGAGCCUUCAUCGGAUUUUUUGGUAGAGAAUUCAUGCAGGGGCUUGCUUUGUCUACGCUUCAAAUAUUUGACACUGGAGGUAAUAAUACCAUGGAAGCUGACGUAUACACUCUUGGUACUGAUAAGUGGAGAAAUAUUGGAGUUGUGCCACAGUAUAAUAGUGGACGUAGGCCGAUUCAAAUGUGUGCUUUUGAUUUUGAAAUGGAGAAAUUUAGAUCAUUGGGAUUACCACAGAUUUUCGAGUAUGAAAUUUAUCUUUGGAUAGAGAUUGGGGUACAUGGAGAAUCCCUUUAUAUUUGCUGUUGUAAUCGACUUGAAUCAAACUUGACUAAGAUAUGGCUAAUGAAGGAGUAUGGUGUCGAGGGAUUUUGGAUCAAAAUGCUUGUCAUGGACUUCAAAAUGAGAUAUUGCCAUUUAUGGCAUCUUCAAGGGAUAGAGUACUGGUUAGAGAAUGGGAAUGUUCUAUUAAAUGAUGGCAUUGUUGUUAGUAAACCUAGUUUUGCUUCUCUUGAAGAUGUGGUGGGAGACAGCUCGAGGGUUUUAAAGGGUUUUACAUGGGAUCAUUGA